AUGUCAUACAUAAAACUAUUGCUCUUAUUCGUCAUCAUUACCGUUUCUGCUUUUCAAAAUGCACAGGCAUCCCUGUUAUGGAAGGUCGUCAAUAUUAAAUAUCAAUGCAACUAUCCAGGUUGUUCAUCUUUGGCCACUGUUUCUGCAUCAAGCUUAGAAAAUUGUCAAAUGGCUUGCGUGGGCAAUACGGCAUGUCGUACAGUUACUUUUGAUGCAACGAGUGAUCAGUGUCAAUUGCAUUCUGAUAUUCCAAAUCAAAGUUGUAAACAGUUAUCUCAAACAGGCGUUACAACUAUGUCUACCACUGAUAAUGAACAAUCGUCUGCUCGUAAGUAG